AUGGACCUGAAAAUCCAGCAAAUUCUCGCGGUCAUAUUUCCAUUUAACACCAUCAUAAUGGCUUCGAAUGUCUUGUUCAAAGCCACAUUGUCAACUUUCCUUCUUCCCCUCUUCGCAUUCCUUGCUACUGCAGAUGAAUUCAUAACCAACCCUGUUCCGUCAGAUGCCAUAUGCAACGCCACCCCAGACCCAUCUUAUUGCAGAGCCGUGCUUCCAUGGAAACACGCUCAAAUGCACGACUUUGGCAGGUUCUCCAUCCAAAAAUCGCUAUUUCAAACCCGUCACUUUUCGAACUUUGCCAAGUCCUAUCUUCUUAACCACUCCACCACUUUAUCCCAGGGCACAAUUCGUGCAAUUCAAGACUGUAUAUUUCUCUCCGAACUUAACGUGGAAUACUUAUCCAAGUCCAAUGAGAUUGUCAUGAAGGCUCCUGAAACUCUCUCAAGCUCCCAAGCUGAUGAUGCCCAUUCCUGGCUCAGUGCCAUUUUAACGAACCACCAGACUUGUUUGGGCGGAAUAAUCAGCACGACUUCCGAUAUGAGCACUGAGAAUGGGCUUUUAGGCCACCUCUCUGAUGACACUAAGCUCCACAGUCUGUCUCUGGCUCUGUUUACAAAGGGGUGGGUACAUGAGGAAAAGAGCAAGCCAAUCUGGAAUUCCAAAGGGUGGCAUGCAGGUUUUCGAAAUGGUCGUUUACCUUUGAAGAUGUCAAAUAGAACGAGAGCCAUCUAUGACUCAAUCAGAGGCAGAAAGGAGCAUGAAGACGAUGAAAAUGACGAAGAGAGUGUUCUGAUUAGUGACAUAGUAAUUGUGAGUCAAGACGGGAGUGGAAAUUUCUCCACCAUCAACGAUGCCGUCGCUGCAGCUCCGAUUAACAACAAUGUAAGUGAUGGGUAUUUCUUGAUUUAUGUCACAGAGGGCGUGUAUGAAGAAUACGUGUCCAUCCCCAUCAACAAGCCGUAUCUCAUGAUGAUCGGAGAUGGAAUCAAUCGCACAAUUAUCACGGGCAACCACAGCGUCGGCGAUGGCUGGACAACAUUCAAUUCGCCAACAUUUGCUGUGGUAGCAACGGGGUUUGUAGCAGCAAGAAUGACAUUCAGAAACACAGCAGGGCCAAGCAAGUUUCAAGCAGUAGCAAUGAGAAGUGGGGCAGACCAAUCCACGUUCUACAGGUGCAGCUUUGAAGGGUACCAGGACACUCUGUAUCCACAUUCACUGAGGCAGUUUUACAGAGAAUGCGACAUCUACGGCACAAUAGAUUUCAUACUUGGAAACGCAGCAGUUGUUCUGCAGAACUGCAACAUCUAUGCUCGCCUUCCAUUACAGGGACAGUUUAAUCCCAUCACUGCUCAGGGACGAACAGACCCAAAUCAGAACACAGGCAUUUCCAUCCAUAACUGCACCAUUAAAGCUGCCGAUGACUUAGCCGCGAGUGGUGGAAGCGUAAAGACUUAUCUUGGAAGGCCAUGGCAGCAGUAUUCGAGGACAGUUGUGAUGCAGUCGUUCUUGGAUGGUCUGAUUGAUCCUGCAGGGUGGUCUGCAUGGAGUGGGGACUUCGCACUUGACACUUUGUAUUACGCUGAGUUUGGGAACAAGGGACCUGGAGCUAAUACUAGUGAUAGGGUGACCUGGCCGGGUUACCAUGUGAUUAAUGCUACGGAUGCAGCUAACUUCGCAGCUUCUAACUUUCUGCAGGCGGAUGAUUGGUUGCCUCGGACUGGAGUUCCCUAUCUGGAUGGGCUCUUCACGGCAAACUAAAAAAAUUCCAUAUGCUAUUUCUGUUGUUUCCAGUUUUCUUUCUUAGUCUUCGGAGAAAUAACCAGCAUAAGCAAAGAUAAAGUGCGCCUCAUUUCAUGGUGCUCACCCCUCAAUUGGAUCUGCCUCGCUAGCGAUUGCUAGUUAAUUAUCUGAAUGCAUGAUAUGAUAUCGUCUUUUGAUA